AUGGCGGAAGGUCUAAUUCUCCCGAAAAGACCAUCUUUCGGUACGAGAGGUAAACAGGUCAACAUUUCCCUCAAUUCUUAUGAGGUCACAAAAUUUCCCACAAAGGCUAUUCACCAGUAUGAUGUUACUAUUGGCAAAGGGGAUGAAAAGCGAGCCCUGAUCAAAAAGGUCUGGUAUUCCGAGGGCGUUCAAUCAGCUUUUGGUCAGGCAAGAGCAACUGUCUUAUUUGAUGGAAACAAACUUGCUUGGUCAAUUAUUCCUUUGCCAUUUGGGCAAAGGUUAACUUUGACCGUUGACUUGGAUGAGGGCGAUACCAGAGCUCGCAGAAGCCCCCGUGAAAAUAAGCAUAAAGUCGUCAUUGCAUUGGCUAGGACGGUUCCACUCCAAAUGCUUGAUGCUUUUGUAAGUGGUACAUACGCGAUGGAUAAUGAUGUCCUAGCGGGAAUAAAUUUUUUCGAUCAUCUCAUUCGUGAGACACCUGCAAAAAAUUUUAUCGCGAUUAAACGCUCCUUCUUCCAACAGUCUGGGGCGCGCGAGUUGGAGCGUGGGGUUGAGGCCUGGAAGGGGAUUUUUCAGUCCGUCCGUGCUACUCAGGGCGGUCGUUUGACCGUCAACGUUGAUGUAGCAACGACUGUCUUCUGGUCCCAAGGAUGCGUCUUAGAUACAGCUCUCCGCUUUUUACCGAGCGCAGACGAUUUGGCAAACAAGUUUACUCAGCAAGGUCCUAGGGGGCCUAUUUUUCGUGACCUCAAACGCCUGAAACGUAUUGCCUUUUUCUGCAAGCACCGUUCCCGAGAUCAGGACACCAGAAGGACCUAUAUAAUCGAUGGUUUCGAAGACAGUGCCCUCAAUUACAAAUUCGAACUUAGGCGUCCAAACAAUGAGGGCGGGUUUUCAUCCACCGAAAUUAGUAUAAAGGAGUACUUUGAGAAGCAAUACAACAUGCGCUUAAGGUAUCCCAAACUCCCUCUUAUAAAAACUAGGAAGGGCGAGGUUUUUCCGAUGGAGCUGUGUUUCAUUGUAGAGGGGCAACGUUAUCCAUUCAAACUCGACGAUCGUCAAACAUCGGACAUGAUUAAGUUCACUGUCCAGCGGCCUUCAAUUCGGGCUGGACAAAUCGCUCAAAAUGUAGCGAAGUUGGACUGGAAAAAGGAUCCUCUCCUUAUACAGUAUGGGAUGGAAAUUUCUACUAGAAUGAUCCAGUCGAAAGCUCGUAUCCUGCCUACGCCUAAACUCUCCUUUGGUGUUGGGUCAGACGGCCCUCAACACAUCCAGCCAAGUGAUGGGAAAUGGAAUUUUCAGGGCAAGAGGUUUGCCAAGAUCUCAAACCCCGUCAAGAGUUGGGGUAUCAUGGUCUUUGGUCCUCCUACGGGUAAUUAUGGUAUUGAUGAGAAUACCAUCAAGAUGUUUUUCCGUCAGUUUAUCACAACCUACAACACUCAUGGUGGUAUUAUUGAAACCAAAGACCCCCCCAUCAUGUACGCGGACCCCAAGAAGGCUCCGGGUACAAAUAUCUUCGAGCUUUAUAAAAAGGCCGGUAAUAAAGUCAACGCCAAGCCGCAAAUAUUGUUUUUUGUCCUGAUGGGCAAGGCGGCGCAGCCAUACAAUGAUAUAAAGGCGUAUUGCGAUCUCAAUAUCGGAGUUGUAUCUCAGUGUCUCCAAAGAAAUCACGUACAGGCCAUGAAAGCCCAAUAUUGUUCUAAUGUUGCGAUGAAGAUCAAUGCCAAGAUGGGUGGUAGUACCAUCUAUAUCCAGAAGGAAGAUCAUCCUUUGUUCGGUCAGGAUGCAUCUAUUAUGAUUGGCGCCGACGUUUCCCAUGCUGCCCCGGGAACGGGCAAGCCUUCCUUUGCUUCAAUGGUCGGCUCAAUUGAUCUCCAAGCCACGCGCUAUGCCGCUAUAGCUAACAGCAACGGGGUUCGGGUUGAGGUGAUUACCUCAAAAAAUAUGAUGAAAUUCGUAUGCACUCUACUUCGGGCUUUCAAGGCGGCCACAAAUAAAAUCCCUGGACGCAUUUUUUAUUUCCGGGAUGGAGUUAGUGAGGGUCAAUACGCCCACAUAAUUGAACAGGAAUUGCACGAUAUGCGAGAAGCAUGCCAUGUGUUGCAGAAUAAUUACAACCCCAAGAUCACUGUAACCAUCUGCAGCAAACGCCACCAUUCACGGUUUUUCCCGGUCGAUAGGGCCAACCAGGACAGGAACGGCAAUUGCUUGCCUGGAACCAUUGUGGAAAGGGAUAUCACUCAUCCUACUGAGUAUGAUUUUUAUCUGGCUGCCCAUAACGCGAUCCAAGGCACUGCACGUCCUGUUCAUUACCAUGUUAUUCAUGAUGAGAACAAGAUGCCUGUGGAUAGGUUUCAAGCAUUAAUCUACAAUACCUGUUAUACUUGGUGUCGUGCUACAAACGCUGUCUCUCUAGUGCCGGCUGCUUACUAUGCCCAUUUGGCAUCUACUCGUGCCCGUGCGCAUGAGCAGAAUAUUGACGACACACAUACUGUGACUACAUCGACCUCUGGAUCCAGGGAUUUACCCCCGACUGAGGUGCCAGAUAUCAGAAACCUUCACGAUAGUUUGAAACACGCCAUGUGGUUCGUGUAA